AUGUCCGCAUUGGCAGCUGCGCGCUACGGCAAGGACAAUGUCCGCGUCUACAAGGUGCACCGCGAUGAGAAGACCGGUGUCCAGACGGUGGUGGAAAUGACUGUCUGCGUCCUUCUGGAGGGUGACAUCGAGACCUCCUACACCAAGGCCGAUAACAGCGUCGUUGUCGCAACCGACUCAAUCAAGAACACAAUCUACAUCACAGCCAAGCAGAACCCCGUGACUCCUCCGGAGCUGUUCGGUUCAAUUCUGGGCACACACUUCAUCGAGAAGUAUAGCCACAUCCACGCGGCGCACGUUGACAUCGUGACCCACCGCUGGGAGCGCAUGGAAGUCGACGGCAAGCCCCACGCACACUCCUUCACCAAGCCCGGCAGCGAGACCCGCAACACCAAGGUCGAUGUCGUAGAAGGCAAGGGUAUCGACAUCAACUCCUCCAUCAACGGGUUGACCGUGCUGAAGAGCACCGGCUCCCAGUUCUGGGGCUUCCUCCGCGAUGAGUACACCACACUCAAGGAGACCUGGGAUCGCAUUCUCAGCACCGACGUCGUGGCCAACUGGCAGUGGCGUCGCUUCGGUGGCCUCGCCGAGGUGAAGGCCCACUUCGAGAAGUUCAAUGCUGCCUAUGAUGCCGCGCGCAACAUCACACUCAAGACCUUCGCCGAGGACAACAGCGCCUCGGUCCAGGCGACCAUGUAUAAGAUGGCGGAUCUGAUCCUCGCUGCUGCGCCCCUGGUAGACACUGUUGAGUAUUCGCUGCCCAACAACCACUACUUUGAAAUCGAUCUCAGCUGGCACAAGGGCCUUAAGAACACCGGCAAGGAUGCCGAGGUUUAUGCGCCCCAGUCCAAUCCCAACGGUCUUAUCAAGUGCACCGUUGGCCGUGCCGGCCAGAAGGCUAAGUUGUAA